GGCUGCUGUCUCUAAGGACGCUUGUCCCCCAGCAACCGCCAUGAACCAGGACGACGGACUCACUAGUCUGGACAACAUAGUCACACAGUUCAACACCUAUGAGGAUUUCCUGGACUCACAGAUCACCACCUUGGACCUGUACUACCUGGAGUGUUGCCCCUCAGGCAUGUCACCGUGCCUUGGAGCCAGCUGAUUAUGAACUGAAACCUCCACAAACGGAUGAAAGCUUGGCCCGCCAGUUGGUGGAGCUAGGCUACCGGGGGACAGGAGAGAUUCUUAAAAGGGAAGAUUUUGAAGCAAGAAAGGCAGCUAUAGAGAUUGCAAGAAUGGCGGAAAGGACUCAAAAAAAGGCUCUAGCAAGUGCUGGUAAAGACUUGCAGGAUAAUUUUCUGAAGGCUCUGGCUGUGAGAGAAGAUGACAACCGCAAUGGGAAAGUCAGCUCUGUGAUCUUCAUUCGUGACAAAAAUGCUUAUGGACAAGAAGUGUCAGGAUACAUUGACUAUGCAAACAGACUAAAAACUGAAGACUUUGAACUCUACUUUAGUGGGAAAAAAAGACUCCUCCCAAGACCUACAGACCUGAGCUUUUACAACUGGGACAGUCAGAUAGCUGUUUGUAAUUCAAGUCCCAAUUAUCAGGUGAUUGAUGACAAUCCACAUGGCUUACUCUUCAAAUAUAAAAAAGACAGAAAAAUUCUCAAUGUGGAUCCAAAGGGUCAUCCAGGUGACAACUCUACCAGAACCUCUAUCCAGACAGACCUCUACACACAAGUUGUCAUUUUUGACCACAUCUCCAGAAGGAAGACUUAAGCAUCAGCAUCCUAGCUGGUUUUCUUAUUGCUUGCUAAUUUAAGAUAAAUUCUGUAGUUAACAACAAAUUAUAAUCAUAAAUGAGUCCUGUAACUGGAAGGCAAGAUAAACUAAUAAAAGUUAAUGGACAAUUUAGAAAGAAAA